CAUAGUGACAAAGACCAAAAAAGAAGCCCUACACUCCAAUUUGCUCCUUCCUCUUCUUCCCUCCCUCAUUUCAUUUCUCUCUCUCCCUCCUCUUUCUCUCUCUCCUCGUAGAUCAAUUCAAAGUGUCUCUCUUUUUCCCAAUCAUAAACACUAACCAAAUCAAUUACACUCAUUUCCCCCCUUUUUUUUAGGGUUUUCUUCUUCUUCUUCAUCUUCUUCCUACUGACAGAAUCAUUGAUUCCAUUGAAUUAGCGCAGUUGUUUGUUCGUUCGUUCUCUCAUCGUUGGAAGAGGGGUUUGUGAAGAUGAGCGGUGGGUUUAGGGCGUCAACAAUCCCUAACAAUGUGAGGAAGACGAUCCAAAACAUCAAAGAGAUCACUGGAAAUCACAGUGAUGAUGACAUUUAUGCAAUGCUUAAGGAUUGUUCUAUGGAUCCUAACGAAACCGCUCAAAAGCUCCUUCUUCAAGAUACCUUCCAUGAAGUCAAAAGGAGAAGAUAUCGAAAAAUAGAGAACUCGACCAACCGAGAUGCUGUAGAUUCACGGUGGAGAUCAGGUCCUCCAGGACGUAGUGGUCGAGGUGGUCGGGGGAACUAUUCCUCUCGUUAUCCAGCUCAGGAUGCUGGUGGGGGAAGAAGUAUUCCUGGUAAGGAGAAUGGAAUCAGUCAUGCUUCGAAUAGAGCUGGUUCUAUCUCAUCUUCCCCGGUUGUUCAGGAUAUCAAGAGAACAAAUGAUGGAAGCUCUGUGACAGAGAUGCCCAAUGGUCCCAUUGACGUAGCUUCAGAGGGUACUAAAGGCGCCAAUAUCUCAGAUAUUUCAUCUGGAAGCGUUACAAAGGAAUUUGAGCCAUAUAUACGUAGUGGUGGAAACAAGAGAUCCAACAUUAUGUCUGGAGUCAAUGUGGAAUCUAUAUUGACAGCAUCGCUCUCAGAUGUUGGUUCCCCAGCUUCGGAUCCUGUGCUGGUUCCACCUAAUGAUGCAUGUGUCUCCACUGCUGUUGGCGCUGUCAAACUUGACGUCGGAAGCCCAUGCUCCCUUGUGGAGCUUAAUCUAAAUAUACCUCCUGAAAACAAAUCCAAUUCUGGUAAGUUGAACGGCGAGGGACUAGGAGGAGCUGGGAAGAAUCAGCCUGCAGAUAUCUUGCAGUCUUCAUCCUUGAGUCAUGGGAGCUCUUCAUCAAGUCGACCUUUGUCUAACUAUGGUAGCCGGGCACAGCAAGCUUUGGGAUCUCAGAAAGUGGGCCCCAACAAGGAGUGGAAACCAAAAGUGACCAACACAAACACCGUUGAAGGACUUAAAACACCAGCCGCAUCUGAAGGCUCCAUUAUUCCAGCUGAAACUUGUGCAAGCACUCAGUCUGUGGAAAGCACAACUGAUUUAGCUUGUGCUACCAACAAUCUGCAGAAGGAGUUGGAAGGUCUACAUGUUAGAGACGCACAGCAUGUUAUCAUUCCAAACCACAUCCAUGUACCUGAUGCUGUGCGAACUGGUUUGAGUUUUGGAAGCUUUGAUGCCACUUUUGUUAUCGCCUCUAAAUACUCCAGCGAAGCCGACACUGAGAACUCAAAAUCUGUUUCUGAGAUCGAACAGGGGACUGAAGAAACAGUAGAAGAGGCCACGAGUCAAAGCACAUUGGCAUCAGGAGAGGAAGCUGAUUAUGUUGAUCAGUCACAACCAAGCAAGCAAGCAGAGAACUUGGCAUCUGGUGAUGUUGGUGUUCUGGCUAAUCCAGUACAAGAUUUCAGUGAUUCGAAGGAGACAGUUGGUGGUCCUCAGCAUUCCAGUGCCCAUUCUUCUACUGGCUAUAAUUUUGGUCUUUUGCCACCAAUGCUGGGAAACCCCUUAGGAUCUCUAGAAGCGUCUGAAACGCAAGGACGUGAUGCUUCCAGGGUUUCUAGCUUUGUAGUACAGCAACCAGUGGAUCCUUCAAGCUUCUAUGCCCAAUUUUAUCGUUCUGGAGCAGAUAGUGAUGGCCUUGUUUCGCCUUUUCAAGCUCAUGGAGUUGCCUCCAAGUACAGUGGGGGUGUUGCAGUCAUGUCUUCACAGACCUCACAAUCUCCCACAGAGGGUGGAAAUUCUAUGGUAUUGCCUACUGCGGCUCAAACUCCUCUUGCAACUCAAGCUGGGGGGUUGAUGCCAAACCCUAUAGCCGUCACUCAACAGCCGAUGCCUCUUUUCCGCCAGCCUGCCGGAGUUCAUAUUCCCCAUUACCCUCCAAAUUACAUUCCCUAUGGCCAUUACUAUCCUCCAUUCUAUGUCCCACCUCCUGCCAUGCAUCAGUUUCUUGGUAAUAACGCAUUCCCUCAGCAGGCUCAGGCAGGCAGUGUAUAUCCAGGGCAACCUGCUGCAACGGCUGCCGCUACAGCAGUUAAGUUUCCAAUGUCUCAAUUUAAGCCAGCAAGUAACGCCGUAAACCCUAUGCACAUGGGUAUAGGUGGAGGUUAUGGGCCAUAUGGGCCUUCACCAGCUGGUUACAAUCCUGCUUCAGCUACUACAGCUGGAAAUUCAACUGCAAAUGAGGAUCUUGCGGCAUCCCAGUUCAAAGAAAGUAAUAUGUAUCUCACUGGACAGCAGAGCGAAGGUUCAGCAGUCUGGAUUCCUGCACCAGGUCGUGAGAUGGCCAGUUUACCAGCAAACUCUUACUACAAUCUUCCUCAAGGUCAGCAUGUGACUUUUGCACCUACGCAGGCUGGCCAAGGUACCUUUGCUGGCCUCUACCAUCCCGCUCAAGGUGUUACAGCAGCAACGAUGCAUCCACUUCUACAACAGUCCCAAGCCAUGCCUGGGGCUGUUGAUAUGGUUGGUGCAACAGCUAGUGUUUAUCAACAACCUCAGCAUGCACAGAUCAACUGGCCAAAUAACUACUGAUCUGGAGUGAGUGGCCAUUUUCGUAAGCGAGACGAUAUCCUUUAAAUGGUUGGGGUUGUCCAGGAAAUGUAAUGGGAAUGCUGGAAGUGUUGAAAAUGAUUAUAGGAGAUUGAAUGUGAGGAUGUAACUUCAUAAAGGCUGGCCGAAGGAGUAGCCAAAGGUGUCUUCCGGGGGGUGCUGAAUUCAGGUAUAGGAUGAAAUCUGCCAUUGACUAAAUAUUACUAUUAUUAGCCAGCUUGGAGUGAUAUGAGCAGCAGAGCAGGUUUUUUUCUUUUUCUUUCUGUUGGUAUAUGAAAUCUUCCCAGUCAUAUUUGAAAGCCUUUAUUUAGUUGAAGUUUUGUGCUAGAUUUUACUGAGUGACUGGUAAGGUAUUUUUCAUUGUUUAUGAAGGUUAGGAUUUAUAAAAAGAGGCUAUAAGAUGUAGGUUAGUGGGUAUUUCCUCAUUUUUCUCCAUUUUCUUCUUUCUACCCUCGUAUCUGUAAAGUGAAUUUUGAUGGAAAGAAGAGGAUGUAAUGAAUGAACUGAAACUGUUGUAUUUGGUAUAAGAAAAAGCAGCUGGCAAUUGUCUCA